UCUCUCUCUCUUUUGAGUUUUUAUCUCUCUUCUUCAUCAAUGGGUUCGAAUUUUCAUUACUCUAUAGAUCUAAACGAAGAUCUAAACCAUCAUGAGCCUCUUGGAUCUUCUUCGUCUCUUCUUCAUAAUCAUCAAGUUCUUUCUACUUCUUCAUCUUCCUCCUCUUCCAAUUUGUCUCUCUCCUCUUGCCUUCCUUUCUUGAUCAACUCCCAAGAAGACCAGCAUGUUGCUUACAACAACACUUAUCUUGCUGAUCAUGUCCAUCUUUCUCAACCCCUCAAGGCCAAGAUGUUUAACGGUGGAUCGCCAUCAUCAUAUGAUCACAUGGUGGCAAAGAAGGAGACAAGACUGAAACUAACAAUAAGGAAAAAAGAUCAUCACGAAAACCAAACCGGUUUUCUUCUUCAAAACCCGACAAAACCCAAUUCAGACUCCGACAAGUGGAUGAUAUCUCCAAAGAUGCGGUUGAUCAAGAAUACAAUAACCAACAAUAAACAGUCCACCGAUCACACUAGUAAUAAUAAUAAUGAUCAUAAAGAAGAUCACUACCCUUUAAAUCAGAAGAUUAGUUUGGAAGAAGAUCACGAUGAAGAUCUCAGGAAAGUCUCGCCCAGGACGACCACGUCCGUGACCAGGAAAAAUAGGUACAAUACAAUCAACGAGAAUGGUUAUGGUAAUAACAGUGGCGUGAUUAGGGUUUGUUCCGAUUGCAACACCACCAAUACUCCUCUUUGGAGAAGUGGGCCUCGAGGUCCCAAGUCUCUUUGUAACGCAUGUGGCAUAAGACAAAGAAAGGCGAGGCGGGCCGCAAUGGCUGCAGCCACAGCUACGGGCGACCAAGAGGUGGUGGCGGCACGGAUGCAACAUUUACCGGUGAAAAAGAAGGUUCAAAACAAGAAAAAGCGAUAUAAUGGAGGAGACAAAUACGAUAUUACUCCCCCUAUAGUGGCCAAUACAAAAAAGUGCAAGAUCAACGAAGGAGAGGAGGACGCGGCCAUGGUUGGUGGAGAUUCUGAGAUCAGUAAAUCAACAACUUCAUCUGAUUCUUCAGUUUCUUUCAACAAACUUCGCUUCGAUGACUUGACGAUAAUGUUGAGCAAAAGCUCAGCUUAUCAACAAGUGUUCCCACAAGAUGAGAAGGAAGCUGCUGUUUUGCUCAUGGCUUUGUCGUAUGGAAGGGUGCAUGGCUGAUCAGAAAAUGACAAUUAUCUUUUGAUGACAAAAGAAGGUUAAUUUUAUAAUAAUACAAAAAUAGUAAUCAAAGUAAUGAUAAAUUUUAAAUCUUGGAGUGAUCAAUGUGGUUUGAAGUUGGUCUAAACAUUUUAUAACUAGAAUGUGUGAGAGUUUAAUAUAAUAUAUAAUGGCUCUCUAUAUAUAUAUGUCUUGGGAGAUUUUGGUUUAGGGUUUAUGUUAUGUUUUUUCCCUGAUGGAGCAAUAAUUACCGAUACAUCUUUAUAUUGUGUUACG